UUCUUUUUCCUAUCUUACUACUUAUCCCCCCAGCACAAUGUAGGUGCGCAGCCUUAAUUGGUUUAGUUGCAAGAAGAUAAUCUUUUUUUCCUCCUUUCUUUCUGUUGCCUGUUAGCUUAAAGGCUUUUUAGCUGAAGGUUGAUAAUUAUCACCGGGAAGAAACUAGCACAUCAGGAGUUCAUUUUCCAUCUUAGCACUUGUGCUGCUCCUUUGAACUCCUCUCACCAAACCCGUGUUCCCACUCUGUCACUUUCCUCCCUCCAUCAUAAAAAGGUCUCAGCAGCCAGCGGCUCCAGGCUUUGCUGGCAGGCAGAGGGCAUUGCUUCUCCCGAUCGCUUCUCCAGCAUGGACAAACUGCAAGAGACACUGAUAAACAUGGAAGACACUUUGGGUUCAGAACACUCUAUCUGCUUAUCAUCCUGGGACUGGAAAAGCACCACUGGGUCUUUCGAGCUGCACCCCAUCUCAUCUCCGCACAGUUUAUCCCCAGCACCCUCCUUUGAAUCCUACUCCUCAUCCCCUUGCCCAGCAGCAGUGGAGACCCCCUACAGCAGCAGCAGUGGCAACCUGGUGGGUUACAGCCUGGUGGACUUUCCCCCUGCCUACCUACCCAGCCCCGGGCAGGCUCGGCUGCCCAAGGGCACAAAAGUGAGGAUGUCCGCCCAGCGCAGGAGGAAAGCCAGUGAGAGGGAGAAGCUGCGGAUGAGGACCCUGGCUGAUGCGCUCCACACACUGCGCAACUACCUGCCCCCGGUCUACAGCCAGAGAGGACAGCCCCUCACCAAGAUACAAACCCUGAAGUACACCAUCAAGUACAUCAGCGAACUGACGGAGCUCCUCAACAGCGUCAAGCGGGUGUAGACCCCACCUGGUGAACCCACCCCAGCACGCUCAGAGUCUUUACAAACAAAAAACCAGCAAAAUUUCUUCCU